GCAUUUCUAAAGUAUAAAACUGAGUUUUUCGCAGGACUAACGCCACUCGUUGAUUGAAGCCUCUGUCUGUGCUCGGUCAUGGGCGCCAUCGUCAAAACGGCCCUUCGCGUCGCGAUACCGCUCCUCCUCCUUCAGGCAGUUUACGGUUACCCUGACUACUACGGUAAUUAUGAUUCGCGAGAAGCAAGAGAACAACUGACAACCCCUCAGGAGGCAACAAAACCGCUCUCAUGGGAUGAGCUCCAGGUGACCAGUCUCCAGGAAAUAAAUGUCGUUGCUCAAAAGAUCCCAAAAGCCAUGGAAGAGGGCAAGGAAAACUGUCCUUAUCUCAUCGCUAUGCAAAAUAUCAAACCCGUUAGAAAUCUACACGCAGCGGAAAACUACUACAAUGAAGCUUUCGAGUCGAAUAUUGCGGAGAUUCUUAAAUCCAAAGUGGUCAAGACAAAAGAGCUCCUUUGCGGCGUUGCCGAACGAUUCCGCAAGCAACUGAAGGCGGUUAUCGCCCUUGCAAAGGUCGUUGCAAACACCCCGAGGCCCCAAUUCCUGGAAUUAGUCAAAAAGGAUCACUCUCUGCCGACUGAUGGAGGUUUCGAAUUGGCCGUGAAGGGUCUCGCCGGUAACUUCGUGAACACACAAUUGCAGCUGAACGCCCAGGCAGCGGCGCGUGGAGCGAUUAUUUCCCGCUUCAGCGGGAAACCGAACGGCACGAAGCUCAUUAUGCUGAAACGCCUCCAGGCCGGGCAUCUCCAGUUCGGGAAAGAAGUCAAGGCCAUCAUGGAGGCGGCCAACGCCGUCCUCAACAGCCUCCACGAGGCCUUCCUCGCUCUGAAGGACAUCCAACAGGAACUGCGGAUGACCCACGGCUACCCGCAGAACGUGGCCCAGCUGGAGGCCAAACUGGAGCGCGCUCUCGCCUUCAACCGCGCCCUCGGCUGCUCCAAAAUCAAACCCACCUGGGACCAGUCCACCUCCUUCAUAGUCGACGAGGAUUUCGAUGAGCCAGAGUUCGGAUCCCCAGGUCAUGAGAAGGAGCAACCGUCGACGCCCGAACCAAACCACCCGGAAUAUCCCGACGAGCAUACUAAUGUGGCCACAUCUCGCGUGUACCCCACCGUGUCCCGAGGGCAGACUCCCAGUCAAAACCCCAGCGGGUCCCAGAACCAGAACCCGGAAACUUCCAGCCCCAGUAUGUCUCGGGCUCAGACUCCGAUCAGAUACGAGUUCGUGCGAGUUCCGGUGAACCCGCAGGAAAAGCGAUCGGUCCAGACCCCAAAGCGAGGUGUUUUCGUCUCUUCUCUUCCCAUUCUUCCCGGCGCUGGAGCCCACACUGGCCGCUGGAGAAGCCCCUCUAGGGGCUACGGCAAUUAAAUCCUCUCGGUUUUGCAUCAGCCCCUCUGCCGUGCCAAAGAAAAACGUCUCAUGAGAAUUUGAAUGAUCCAAAAGUUUUGAAAUAGGGUGACGAGUUUUUUUUCCAAUUUCCAUCAAGUGUUUUUCUGAAACACGGCAGAGGUGGUUCCCUAUCGAUGCAAAAAUUCUGAUCCCUUCGAUUUACAAUGGCUAGAAAUACUAUUCCGUUUUGAAUUUUGGACAUUUUGUAAAAUGUGUUAUCUAUAUUUUCAUCUAAGUUCGAGGAGAAAAAAUAUAACUUUAGUACAACUGGUGCUUCCGUUACCUCGCUCUAAGAAGUCUCUCUCCAUAUGAGUUAAUAAGCUAGUUGUACAAGAGACACACAUUUUUAGGUUUGGAGACUAUAGGCAUGUUUGCCGCCUUGAAUUCCAGCACGUGUAAAAUGCACCAAUAACUAUAUUUACCGAAAGUUUAAGAUGUUCAUGUUUUAUUUAAUUCUUUGUUUUUUAGUAUUUUUCGUUCAUCCCCCUUUUUAAACUAUGAUAAUGUUUUCUUGUGAUAUCUCGUUCUAAGACAUUUCUGUGAGCACAGAACUUUGUGAUAUAGGUUUUUAUGCAUUUUUGAUGGCGCCCUGUGAUAAAUCCCCCCCCCCUCUUAAUCUUUAAAGAUAAACACAACAAAAAAAGCAACCAAAAAAACAAUUUUUGACCCUCUCCCACCGUUGCCAGACUUGCCGCUUGUGAUAGUGCUUUCUUAGAGAGUUUGUAUCGUACAGUAUCAAUGUUUUUUUGUCGUCAGAGAAAACUUGUUUUUGUUUUAAUGGAAAUGUGUUGAAGGAAUGCGAAUCUAUUAAUAAGUAAAAUUUCGAUUAAGUUCUUUCUUAUAAUAAUAAUAAUAAUAAUGCAUUUGGAAAAAUACGCCUAAGUCAGAAAUCACCUAUUAUUAAUCUACCAGUUUUUUUUUUCCUUUUCGACCCCAUUCCUGCACAACGCCAAUUUCUCCCAAUUUUUAGGCGGUGUUCAGGUGUCACUGACUGAGGAACUCAGGCUUCAAAUACCUCGAAUGAAUUGAACUUCAUUUUGCGAUUAGGAACUACAAUUUCUGGCUCAACUGUAAAAACACUGAUGUGCAUAGGGAAACGAAUGGUGCAUACGUUGUUUCUUUACUGAGCUAGAAUUUGUAGUUUCUUAUCGCAAAAUACAGUAAAAUGCAUGACUACCUGAAACCCAAACCUCAUAGAGUUACGUAUAAUUUUGCUUGACUUUUUAUCCUUGAGAAAGUUUGUCCCCCUCGUUUUUUUAAACCUAAGCUUUCCAUCUUCUAUAUCAUUUCUAUUUUUUUUUAAAAAAAACAAACAAUUGGACCUAGUCGUUACUAUUUGAGCAUGUAAUAUUCGCUUUGCUUGUAAGCAACCCAUGGUUAUUUACCCUGGUAGUAAUUUGCCACAAGGUUGUUGAUCGCGGGGAUCCAGUAGCGAGGCAUGAUAAUUGACUAUCGACACUAUCCCAUUUGAAGCCGUGGCAAAUAAUCGAUUAUUAAGUUGUUCGUUGUGAACGCCCUGGUAAUCGAUAUUUUUUCGUAGGUUUAAAUUACAUAUUGAUCGAUACAUCGCAAAUCACGCCACGUCACUUCGGGCAACCGCUUCACUGUACAGUACAUUCAUAUCCAUAAGUAAAUAGAAGUCUGAGUUGAAUCCUUUUUUAUACAUAUGUAGAAAUGCGAGUGCAAAUACAUUUUAUUGAAGCAUAA